AGGGAAACAACAGACACAGAGAGACAGAAAAAAAGAAAACAGAAAGAGAGAGUGAGAGAGAGAGAGACAUAGGCUCUUUGUGGACCGGCUGAGGACCUGACGAAUGCUCAUCAGUCCUCAGUGACUCAGCUGUGAACGAGCGUUUGAGCAGAAUGGAUUUCAUUCUGGUUCAGCAGCCACCGAACAGGCGCAGCAGCUCUGUGGAUGUUUGUCCCUGCGUCUGGGUUAUUUCAGAAAACGCAGCGGUUGUGAUGAUCGGGGAAGGCAGCAAACAGAAAGGAAGAUGAACCUUGAUUCUGUGGAAGGUUCGGUCCAGAACCUUCUGUCAGUGCUGUACCCGCCCUUUGAAGCCACCGCCUCCACUCUGCUCAGCCAGCUUUUCCAAAUCGUUGACAGUCGUUAUCAGGGGGAUGCUCUCCGCUGUUUCCUGGACUUUUUGAUCCCAGCCAAGCACAUCUUAGAUACUGUGCAGCAGGCUGCAUGUGCUCAGUACCCUGACGUGCUUUUCCGCUUUGAGGGCUGGCCCCUGUGUUUACGGGACCAAGUUGUCGUCCACCUCGCUCCCAUCAACCCCCUGCGACUUCAGCCUGGUGACUUUUAUCUCCAGGUGGCACCGUUCUGUAACCAAUCAGCUCGCAUCCUGAUCUGCAGCCUCCUGGAAGAAGAGGGAGUAGGUGUAGGAGUCGUAGAGGAGACUCCAGUUCCUGAGACGUCCUAUCCUUGCCUAUUCAGACAUGACUACUUAGAUGGGAUCAAUCACGGCCGGCGUGGAACAGCUCUCAGCCAAUGCCUGCUCGCCACUGAGCAAGGUUUGGUAAGAUUACCAUGGGAACGGGUGGCGGUGCCUGAGUUUGUGGACAUCCCAAGGAGUGCUUGGAGUAGUAUGGCCUCUGCUCCUCCACCGCAUCCCCCUCUACCACCUCCGCUUCCUUCUUCUCCACCUCUUCCUUAUUCUCCAGAAAAUUGUUCAUCCAGUAAAUCUUCUGCUCGUUCCCCUCCAAACGAAUCUGCAUCUAAACAGUAUCCCGUGACUGUUCAGAACUUGACUUUAACAUCUUCCUCACACCCAUCUGCCUUCUCUGUGCAGACGAGGAUAUGUCCAGCAAAGCACGGCAUUGCUGUGUCCCUCUGUUUGGUGGAUACUGCCACUGGUUCCUCAUCACAACUGGUCAAAGUUAAAGAAACUGAAAAAGAACACAAGCCAAUAGGCUGGGUAUCACCUAAUACAUGGGACAGCCGCUUUAAUGGGAUGGAUUUAAAUACGGUCAAAGAAACAAGCACUGUUUCAGAUACCUGCUCCUCUGCGAGUGGUAAUAUAACUGAAAGCAAAGGUCAGAAAAAAAGGAUUUCUGAAAAUACACUGCAAGAUGAAUGUCAAUAUACAAAAGUACAUGAUGUGAGCAGAAGCUGUCCUGCAGCUGUUGCUGUUGCAGAUGGGGAAUAUAUUGAUGUAUUGCAGGCCAGCAUGCUUUUCGGUAAAGAUCAGUCACUCAGUAAAGAACAAUCUGAUUUGAAAGUGCAACCACGUGUUCAAACUGAAGCACAACUUCAGAAAUAUCCGGCCGCACAACUACCACAUCACACACAGCCACAAGCACACGUACAGUCUUUAAAAUCCCAAAGCCACCUUAGAUCUGCGGCACCUGUGUCAUUAAGUCACAUGUCUGCAGAAGCGGGAUCCCCAUCCACUCGCCACCAUUCCCAAACACAUCCGUCUGUAUCGGACUCCCUGGAGCACCCUGUGUGUGCCCGCACUAUUCACUCCUCUGAGAAGCCCUGCACCCCCUGCAUGAGAAGGCGACAGGGCGCAAAAGUAACAAAAGCUCAAGAGCUGAAAUGUCGAUACAGAGACUCCUAUCAGGCUGCUCUACAAAACCCUGUCACCUUUAAAACACAAAAAGUUGUAGGGAAUAUGUUAGCUGUUGUAGAAGAGGAUAGUGGAUUGGCACAGUGUGAUGACAGACAUGAACCUCUGAGGACAGAAACAGGUGAUCCAUGGUGCCAUGCUCCUGGAAUAUGGUGUGAUCCUGGAGUGCAAAACCAGUCUACUCUUCCUGUCACUGAAGACAUUUGUAAGGAGUCUGGAGAAAUAAACUUAUUUCCACAAAGGAAACCAGAGGAUGCAAACUCUGCUCCCUGUACGGGCUACAGGGGGGUGAGUACGUUACAGGCUGUUAGGCCACCAGAUCACAUAUUCAAGAGGACUAAUGUACCGUUCACGGACGCACCGGCUGUUAGAUCUUAUGGCAGCUCCCAUAAUGUGAAUACAACAAAUCCAGCAGCAGAAGAAAGGAAAAGCGCUAUUAAAACUCCAAGCACAAAUGGUCCUAAACAUUCAGAUGACUCUACCAAAGUCCAUGGAGUCCCAAUUAGUUCAAGUGAACUUUUACGAAUACAGAUGACCUUCAAGCCUCAUGACAAGCACAGAAACGUUGAGUCUUUGCCGGCGUUGCCAAAUAAACGGGACACCAUCGACAGAAGAUGUUCAUCUCUCUCCACAGCGGUGGUGAACACCUCAGAAAAGUGUGAACUGGUGAUUGUGGAAGGCCAAAAUGUUAGGAGAAAAGAAAACAGUGACUGCUGUGCAAAGAUUCCUCAGCUGCAUGUGGUAAAAUGUAAAAACAGCACAGCCUUUGGGCUGGUUUCACCCAAGAUCAACAGGAAGAAGAACCCAGUUGCAGAGCAGGCUGAGGGCGCUUCUAUAACAAGUGGGGAUGGUCAUCAAAUGGAGAACCUGUCACUGAGUGAUCCACCUCCCAUGGCAGAGACACAGAGGAUGUCCCAGAGGGCUUCUGCUCGACCAAGACCCGACUACCUCCCCCUGGACUCAAGAGACCCCACAGCCCACCCUCUCUAUCUAGGAGUAGCAUCUCUCACUGGCUGCAGAGACAGGGCAGGCAGGGCAAUAGUUGAACUCUAUGGAGACCACCAGGGAUGGGGAUCAGCUGUAACAAGCCAGGAUCUCCUCCAGAUGUUUCUCUACUUCCACUCUAUUACCAGGAAAGAAAUCAGAGAAGCAGGCAUGACGCUCAUUUUUGACGCGAGGAGGAGAAAUCCUCAACCACAGUUUUAUAAAGCUUUGAUUGCCCUUCAGGAGCGAUGUCCCUCUGCAGCGAGUAGUUUGGUACUGCUGGUGGACAAAGAGAACCACAUUCGCCCAGAAAGAUGUCCUGGGAUACAGACUGAUAUGGUGACGUCGAUGAAAGCCUUGCUCAAACUGGUAGACGUGAGUCAGUUGAGCCCUCGUCUGGAUGGCUCUCCAUCUCAAAGCCGCUGUGACUGGAUGGACCUGCAUCAGAAACUCUUCCCAUUUGUCAAUGAUCUUCACGAGGCGUCCAAUCUGCUGCUGAGAGCCGUUAGUAAGUUAGAGGAAGCACAGAGGACAGACACAGUUCAGGCUGUGCAGCAAUGCAUGAUAGACCAGAGGACUCUAAUGAGAGAUGUUUUGGAGGACAGCCGGUUGGUCAGCCUGCAGAGAGAGGGCGGAGCCAUGCUGGCAAGGCUCAGGAAGGAGAGUGACUUGAAAUACCCUCUCUGCGAGGACCUUAGUGAUGCGGUGGACUCGGUGACGAGCCUGUACAACCAUGUGGAGGAGCAGGCUCACGUCCUGGUGCAGAGGACCAACAUGUCGCUGGAACACCUGGAGUAUCUACAGCAGAUCAGACAGAUGGAGGCCCACUUCAUGGAGAUCCAGCAGUGGUUUAAAGUAGAAGGAGAGCACCACCUGCUGGAGGCUGGAUCAGUAGAGGACUCUGGAGAAAGGAUGGAGCAGAUCCUUAACAGCUUUACUGCUUUCCUGAUUGAAGCUAACGACCGCAGGCACCAUGCGAUGUUGCUAGUGUCUGAGGCCGAAAGGCUGCAGCGGAGCGGGCCCUCCUACCCAGAGACGGAGGCUUUCAGGACCUUAGUCUGCUCCUUUAAAUCGGGCCUGGAGGACUUCCUUCGCAGGGCAGAGGCAUGCGGUCGAGAGCUGCAGAUCAUGGUGAACGUGUGUGACUUUUGUGAGCAGGCCACAAUGCUGGCCAGUGAAUGCGAUGAUUACCUCAAUCACAGCCAGUCCAGAAUCCUCACAAUGCAAGACCCAACAAGUGACCUGCAAAACAAUGAAACAAACACCCAGCAAGACCACAACCAAGACUCCAACAUAGACGCUGCAUCUAUGUGUCAGUCUGAUAUCCACGCAGCAUUCGGCUCAGAUCCUAACAAGAGUGUUUCAACAUCGACUGACGGCUUCAUUCUCCAGGCGUUCCAAGAAAGGUUCCUCCACUUCAGCCUGGAGAGAUUCCAGGAAGUGAAGGGUCAAGCCAGCACCCUCCGGGGCUCUCGAGGGAUGCGAGUCUGGAACGUGGCUUGGCUGAGAUGUCAGGAGGCCCGGCAGCAGCUCCAGGAGAAGCUGGAGGAUGUGGAUGAGUUCCAUCAUCAACAAAUUAACUCUAACAGGUGGUGUGAAGGUCAUUUCGUGGAUGUGGUGAGCGCAGACGUCCAAACAUCACCACCUGGUGGACAGAGUUUGGUGGUGCAGUCAAACCCUGGGCCUCGACACCCGCAGUGGGAAGGGAUCGUGUCAGGAACUGUGGAUUUAAAGAAAAGGAGGCCACCCCUGGGUGGCAACAGUCCCAAUCCAAAAUCUAUGGUCUACUGUGAGGUUAUCAUCAAACCUGAGGAGAACCGUAAUGCUAGAACUAAGCAGGAGUCAAGGUCCACUCCACAGUCACCUCAGAGGUCAGUGAGGAAGACAGAAAGGCAGCCAAGAAAGAGACAAAUGAGCAGAGCGAGAAGUGAGAGGGAUGCGCUGUCUCAGUCCCACACUGUGGGCUGCCAGUGGUUUCCAUGGGGCCGUGCUCUUGGAGCGAGGUCAGUGAGCCAGGAUUCAUGCACCACUAAGGCUCCAACAGCUGGCUCUUCCACUCCUCCAGAGCAACAAGUGCGACCACCGUCAUCGUGUUCCCACCACGGCCAGCCUUCAUGUCGGAUCCUCCAGGAAGCUCAGAAGUUUCAGAUUUCCCGCCACGGCAGUUUCUGCUCAGAGGACUCGUGUUUGAGCGACCGAGGGGCUGUAGGUGGCAACAACAAUGCGAGCUGCAAACACUCCAGCUUGCCCAUCGGGAAAUAUGAGGGAGUGUUUCGGUCUUCAAGGCCUCAGGAGAGUGCCAGCAGCGCCCUGCGGCUGCAGCGUGUCAUGGAUGAGCUGGUGUUCACAGAAAGGGACUAUGCACGCUCACUGGGUUACAUCCUGACUCACUACCUCCCCCUGAUGGACAGGCUGGACAUCCCCCAGGACCUCAGGGGAAAGCGAGGGAUCAUUUUUGGCAACUUGGAAAAGCUUUACGACUUUCACAGCCAUUACUUCCUGCCGGAGCUGGAGGCGUGUGAGAGGGAGCCGGCCAUGGUGGCCCGCUGCUUCCUCAGACAUAGUGAAAGUUUUGGCCUGUACGCUUUGUACAGCAAAAACAAACCUCAGUCAGAUGCUCUGAUCCUCCACCGCCGCCAUGACAUCUUCAAGAGGAAGCAGCAGGAGCUGGGGGACAUGAUGGACCUUUCAUCUUAUCUGCUGAGGCCCAUUCAGAGGAUCAGCAAGUACAGCCUCCUGUUGCAGGACAUGCUGGCUUUAACCAGAUCAUGCAGACGAAAAGCUAUGAUUCAGGACUCAAUGUCUGCACCUGACGUAUGUGCACAACGUGUAUGUGACUUGUCUGCGAGUAGCGAGAUGGAGAGAGAGCUGGCCGAGAUCCAGGCUGCUGCCGAUCUGGUUCGGUUUCAGAUGCGUCACGGCAAUGAUUUGCUUACCAUGGAUGCUAUCCAGGACUGUGAUGUUAAUUUAAAAGAACAGGGGCAGCUGAUUCGCCAGGAUGAAUUCACAGUUGUCUUUAGAAAGAAGAAAUGUGUCCGUCGUAUCUUCCUCUUUGAAGAUUUGAUUCUCUUCAGUAAACCCAAGAAGACAGACGUUGGAAAUGAUGUCUAUGUCUACAAGCAGUCUUUCAAGACAAAUGACAUAGGGAUGACCCAUAACUCUGCUGUGAGCGGUCUCUGUUUUGAGAUCUGGUUCAGAAGAAGGAAAAGUGAGGAUACUUACACCCUGAAGGCCUCAAGCAUGGAGGUGAAGAAAGCCUGGACCACAGACCUGGAGAGGAUACUGUGGGAUCAGGCAGCUCACAGUCGAGAACUGCGUUUGCAGGAGAGGGUGUUCAUGGGAAUGGGCCACAAACCUUUCAUGGAUAUUCAGCCUAGUGAUGCUGCAAUUUCUGACCGAUCCGUCAGCUGUGUCCUGUCUGGGAGAAUCCCUGUGGCGUGUUGUUCACACAGGGGUUUAGAGCAUCCCCGACCGCAGUCCAUCGGCUCCGGCAGCACGGCCUCCACCACCCUCAGCCAGUCGUCGUCCUCUUCUGGCCUUGGCUCGCUGCCUCCUGCCGGUUACCAUGGGAACCCACCACAGACAGUUGACACCAACCCAGCUGUAAUUGACAAUGAAAUCAACGAUCAUCAUCUUCAGCAGCACAAUUGUCGUCGCUAUGAACACUGGAAAACCCGCUGUCCUCUGAUGGAUAGCAGUGAGUCUUCUGGGGAAAGCGUGAAUCCCUUCACCAUCUCAGACCGCAGCUGCCUGUCGGCCAUCGGUGGAGAGGUGGUGGACGACUCGUCUGUUGUAUCCCAGAGUUCAGAGAAAGAAUCACCACUUUGCAGGACCCCAAGCGAGAGGAAAAAUGGCUCCCCAGCAGGAACAGGAAAAAAGCCAGGCGUCCCCCUGAAACCACCACAUCUGGCUAAAUCUCAGGUCAAUGAAAUAAUAAUAGGGAAAUCUACAGAAGUCUAACACUGGAUCUUCAGCAGAAGGUAAACGACCUACAUAUUUCUAUAUGAACAGUCAACAAGUUUAGCUGCAGUCACCGCACCGACGAAAGGAUUACCUGGAUGAAAAUGUUUUUCUCUGGACUUCGGACAGCCAUCACUUUUAUUUUUUUUUUCAUUACUAAUAAUGUCAUCUGUACUGCUUUUGUGAGUUAUUUUACAUUUAAGUUUUGGGAUUUUCUAGUUUUCUUGUACAUCUUGUGCAGCUUUAAUUUGAAGGGAUCAAACAGGAAAAGCUUUUAUUUAUCCUGUCAUGACAACAAUCACCAGGACCAGCUUCUCUUUCAGUCCAGAGUGUUUUGUGCUCCUUUUUUAUUAGUCCAAGCAUCCCUUAAAGAAGUGCAACUACACUGAGUAUAAAAGUAAUGGUGUUCAAGACAGUUCAUGUAAGGAGCUGUAAACUGGCCAAGAGCUCAGGACAAUGAAGACUUGAAGACCUGAUGGCUGGCCAUGAACCGAGUCGCCCGGAUUAUAUUCAGACAGAAUAGUAAAAUUAUCUAAUAUAUUGUUUAUAAUAUACAGUUUAUAAACAUGACUUCUUUUCAUACACCGUUAUGUUUUGUUUUUAAUUUUUUCUACUGUUCUGCUUAUACAUUUUAUUUUUAAUCUUUUUUACUCUGUAUAGUUGUGACACUGUUGUUGAUUUAUUUGAAGGGACAAACAACCUGUGUGUUUCAUUCAUUCUUAUGCUGCUGUUUAUAUGAUUAAAGGUCUAUUCAUAGAGUUUGCUACAAUCUGUAAUCAAUAUUUGAGAAGAUGCAACACAAAGUACAGUGUAUAACCUUAUACAGGAUUGAGGGUGAAAACCACUUACUGUCAUUAAGGGUCCACGUCUACUGAUCAAGGUACCAGCUUCACAUUUAUGGAGAUGACAUUUGGAAAAAUGUAUUUUCCAGAUUAUUUGAAUGUUUUUUUGUAUUUUCUUGAAGGUAACUUACAGUAAAGUGCCACUUUGUAUAAGCUUUGUGAUUUGAUUUGAUUUUCUCUUCAAAAUGGAAAUUAUACGGAUAAUGGCAUCCAGGGCCAUUAUAUUCUCUUUGAUGUUUUAUUUUAAAGUCACUGACUUUAAAGCCAAUCAUUGUGUUUGCUAUUUUCUAUCCAUGUCUUUAUUGUUUCCUUGCUUUUGUCUUUUAUUAAAGAAAAAUUAUGUUGUUAAAUCAA